AUGCAUAUCCUCCAUAGUACAUUAGGUCUCAACUCAAACAAAACGCUGACUGACAUAUGGUUCCAAUACGUUCUCCGAAAUUACAAAUCUCCGAGAUUCAUAAUCACAACUUUUGGUGUGUUAUUGACAUCAUAUAUUUUUUUCCCGUCAUCGUUACUUGCAGUCUCUCACAAACCUUCUAAAAGGCCAGAUAAGUACACAUGUGGGUUCAAAAACAGCGGGAAUGACUGUUUUGCCAAUUCUACACUACAGUCACUGUCUUCGCUAGAUACACUUUAUUUGUAUCUAGCCGAGAUGCUGAGUUUCCAAAUGCCACCAGGAUACACCAUCUACCCAUUACCAUUACAUACGUCUCUAUAUCAUAUGCUGACGCUGCUGCGAGAACCCAUAUAUUUCAAGAAAACUCUGGAUGUUUGGGAAGUGCUUAGAAUCUUGGAAACCAUACAUAGGGGGAAGAUUGGAAGAAACCAGCAUGAUGCACAUGAAUUGUACGUCUUUAUCAUUCAAACUCUCGAAGAUGAAUAUGAUCGAUAUUUCCAGGACCUGAAACGGUCACAACUCACGUCCAGUAUUCCUACCUUCCCCUUCUUUGGUGUCGUUACUAGCUCGUUGAGGUGCAUAGAUUGUGGUGGUAGAGGAAACUUAGUAAAGUACCCAAUGCUGAUGGUUGAACUGAAUGUUGGCAAUCAGAAUGACCUUAAUAAGAUGUGGAGGGGAAGUUGGAACGAUAUCAUCGAGGAUUAUUCUUGUCUUGGCUGUGUAGUCAAACGAAUUAUUCUAAAUAGGGAUAGAUUAAAUUUAAAUGGUCAACAAGAGAAAUGCUACCAGCUUCUAAAGGAAAAGCUGACUUCAGGAUCGCUAUCGAUUAACGACGAUCUGAUUGAGGAUCCGGUGUACACCUCAAUAAUAACCUCCUAUCCGUUUCUGAAAUCCAGUAGUAAAGUUGUCAAAGAAAUCAAGUACUCGAAAAAACCAUACAUAAUACCCAUCCAUCUAUCAAGAUCCGUUUAUCUGGAUUCCCAAAUGUGGAGAAAUGGCGCUUCCAUUAUAUAUCCAGAGGCAAUCGAGGUCGAACACGUCAAAUAUACAUUGAAAAGCAUGAUUCGACAUCAAGGGUCCCAUUCUGCGGGUCACUACGAGUGCUACAGACAUAAACCUGCAUUCUGCAAGGUCAAUGGAGAAUACAGAAUAGGGAAAUUUAAAGGUUCAAAGAAAUUAUCCAGUGCUUCAAACAAACCGUAUUGGAGAAUCAGCGAUUCUCAUGUCAGUGAAUGCACAAGUGACUCGGUGUUAAAUGAUGGCAAAGCUGCAUAUAUCCUAGUUUACGAACAAGAGGUUGAUAAUACCCUUUAG